GUGACAAUGAGAAACUGACAUUGACACUACCAAACAAUUUCUUGGUAAUUUUGAUUCAUCGUCAUUUAAUUGCAUUGAAUACAAUAACGAAAUAAUCUGGAACCUGAAUUCCUUCUCUUACUUACAAUAUGCAAAACCUAGAUUCAGACAGCGAAGAUGAACUUCCUCCUGGUUGGGUGGAAAAGUCAACUGACGAUGGAAAUGUCUACUUUGUCAAUUCUGGCACAAAUAAAAUACAAUGGACUCAUCCCAGAACUGGUCGCAAAAAACUUAUUCCAGAAGAUUUACCAUUUGGUUGGGCGAAAACUGUCGACGAAACCGGCAAAACUUUGUACGUUCAGCAAGAAACCGGUAAUAAAACCUAUGUAGAUCCCAGACUAGCAUUCGCCACUGAAGAGAAGAAGCAUGUUAAUGAUUUUCGUCAAAGAUUUGAUUCAUCUACAACCGCAUUUCAGGUCCUACAUGGAACAGAUUUAUCAGGAAAAUUUGCCUUAAUCACUGGCUGCAAUGCCGGCAUAGGAUAUGAAACAGCCAAGUCACUGGCAAGGCAUGGCUGUAACAUUCUAAUGGCAAACCGUAACAUGGAAGCAACUAAAAAAGCAAUGGCUGAUAUUGUCAAAGAAACAAAUGCAUCAGAGGAUAAUCUGAAAUCAAUUCAUUUAGAUUUAGCAUCAUUGGAGAGUGUAAAAAAAUGUGCCAUGACUGUAAAGACUAUAUUUUCAGAUUAUCUGGAUAUAUUAAUAUUGAAUGCAGCAGUAUUUGGAUUACCUUACACAGAGACUGUUGAUAAACUAGAAACUACAUUCCAAGUUAAUUAUUUAUCUCAUCUAUAUUUUGCUAUAUUAUUGGAGCCACUGUUGAAGAAAGGCUCUAGAGUAAUAUUUGUAUCUUCAGAAUCUCAUAGAUUUGCCUCCUUGCAAAAUGUGUUUGCACAGCAGAGUGUUGCAAUGACUAGAGAUUCAUAUAGUUCUAUGAUGGCUUAUAAUAAUUCUAAAUUGUAUAUGGUUAUGAUAGCUAAGAUUUUAAGUGAAGAAUGGAAGGAUAAAAAUAUAUGUGUAAACUCUCUUCAUCCUGGCAACAUGGUAUACACUAAUCUUAGUAAAUCAUGGUGGCUUUUUAGACUAUUGUUUUUCAUUGUUAGACCAUUUACGAAAUCAAUGCAACAAGCAGCAGCGACAACAGUCUACACAGCAGUAGCUGGUGAAUUAGAUAAUGUUACUGGUUUAUAUUUUAAUAAUUGUUUCUAUUGCGCUCCUUCGGAACUCUCCCGCGACGAGGACUUAGCGUGGGAAGUCUUCACCUUAUCUUUAAGAAUUAUAGAAGAGCGCAUGGGACAAGAUAGUGUUAAAAAAUAUAUGGACAAAUGCAAAAGUCGUCUAACCUGUGCAAAAUAACAGCAAUGUGAUUUUUAUUUACAAACAUGUGGUGGAAUAAACGAUGUUGUAUAUUGUGACUGGGAUAAAAUAAAAUAAAACAAACAGAAAAAUUA